UAAAAAUUAAUGUUUUCGACUGAAAUAAUGUAUAUAGUAAUCAAUAGUAAUUUUAAGUCAAACCUAAGCUGAUUUAAGUGUUUGUUUAAUUUAAAAUUGUUUGAUAUUAAUAGGAGUUAUAAACAUAAAAGUAUAUAUAUGAAUACAUAAAUGUGCAAUACAAAACUAAUAAUUGAUAUAAGUGAUAAAAUAUUAAACAAUUAAAGAAAACAGGAAUUUCGUAUCUACUAAAAAAUCAGAUAGCUUUUUUCGAAUAUUGUAAGCCUAUGAUUGAAUCGUCAGAUAAAAUUAUUAGAUAACAAAUAAUACGUGCAUGUAUAGAUGCUGGUAAUGUGUUUUACGUUUAAUCGAAUAUUGUGUGAAGUGAGUAUUUCAUACUUUACAAAUAUUCUUCAUUAAUUAAUAAAGCGUAGAUUAAAAUGUUGACACCAGAAACAUACCAAUUAACUCAUCCAGAAUCACUGACAGAUGCUGAACUUAAGGAAAUUUUAGAAAAUAGGUGCAUAGAUUUUAGUAAUUAUAAAAAUUUAACCAGAUGUGGGUUAAUAGAACUAUAUAAACGUGUGGCAAUGCCAUUGCCUCAAAGACAAAAUGAAAAUAACCAUAGUGCAAGUACAAACAAGGAUAAUAAGGAAACAAAUUCAGUUAAUGAAUCUCACCAAAAUUUAACUCUUUUGAAUGGUACAAAUAAUACAAAAAUAAAUAUAAAUGAAGUCACAAAAUCAUCUCAAACAUCUCAUAUGAAGUUGACAACUCCUGAAAAUGAGUUAAAGUGUUCAACAAAGAAAAUAUGCUUGUAUAAUUCAAAUACUGUGACUAAGUGCAACGGUGUUGAUAAACGUAAUGGCGAUGACAAAUUGGAUGGAGCUCCAUCUAAGAAAAGACAGAAAAUUACAUGGCCGUAAUGAUAUGUAUCGCCCUAUGAAAGAUUUGGAAACAUAAAUGACAGUGUCAUGUUGCAAAUUUAUUAUUUCUAGCAAAGUUGUUUUAAAGGUGUCUAAGUGGAGUUUUCAUAUGUAUUCUAUUUUUACAGUUAAUAUAUAAUUUCUACAUAACUAUGAACUGUCACUGUUAUUUGUGGUAAUAAUAACAGAGGUAUGUUUUCUUUUUAAAGUGAAAGUAUAAUUAAAUGCGUCUACGAAUUUUAAAAAAAUAAAGAUAUUAUUAUGUUUUGAAAAUUCAUAGUUAUCAUAAUAUAAAAUAAAAUUAAGAUAGCAAAAAAAUAUGUUGCUACUUUAUGAAUGGUAUUAUACCAAAAAAUCGAGUUUUAGUGAAAUAUUACAUGACAUCUCUGUAUAAAAAUUAUAUUUUAAGACUAGAAUUAUUGUUUUUCAUAAAUAAUAUUAUUCCUGUAAGUGAUUUUAAAGUAUUAAUUUUUGACUGAUGAAUUGUACGAAUCAACAAUAUCUAUCAUAGAAAUAUCGAUGCCUAGUACAACACACAAUAAUCUAAUCUACAAGAACUAUAAACAAUUCUGGAAUUUAAUGUUACAAUUUAUUUUCAUUUAUUGGCAAAAUAUUGGUUGAAUAUUGAAUUUUUUUCUUAUUUUUUAAUCAUUUAACUAAAUUAUUUAAUCUAGUUAACUAUAGUAUUGAUUAGUGAUGAAAUCUAUGACUGUUAAUUUAUUAUUGGCUAAACAUUUAAGGAAUAACUUGCAUGUAUUCUUAAUUAAAUUCUGAAAUUUUUUAACACA